AGGAGGUAGAGUCGUAGCAGGCAGAGCAGCGCAUCAGUGGAGGUAGAGGAGCAGAGUAGGAACCAUGAAGACUGUCGUCCACCUGCACAGGAAAUGGAUCCACACCUACAAGGCCAUCCCCAUCCACCAGGGGCUCGUGAGUGACUCCAGCUUGGCUCUAGUUAGUUAGACAGGUGGUAUUUGGGUGGAAAGGUAGGCAGGUAAACAGGCAGUUGUGACAAGUGCUUCAUGUUGGUCGUAGUACUUGGAGUGAGUGAAGUUGGUUAAAAUGUGUGUCAGUGGUUACUUUGGUAGAGUUUAGUGUUUUCAGCUGGUGGUAUGGGUACUGUGUUGAAAGGCUGAGGGUGUGUGGAAUCAGUAGUCCAUGUGUGAUGCUGGUGAUUAGUAGCCUGACGACUCACACUAAAUUCUUCUGCUGCUCUGUUGUUCCCUACAUAUUUUAGUCUGAGACUGCCAUCAUUGAAGUGAGGCGUUGUACAAAAGUAAUCAGUGAUGGGAUCGUCUCUAACCAAUCAGAGUAUCAAAGCCAAUGACACAUUUUCAAACCGCCGCGUUACCCACAUGUGUUCUGGCUCUGGCCCAACCCUCGGUUUCUGGACAAAUCAGACGGCCCCGAAUGUGUUCACAUUCGGUGAAGGGCCGUGGAGGUACUCAGAUCUAGACUCAUUACGGAGAAGAAACUAUUCCGUGGGCGUGGCGUAGCGUUUGGCGGGAGCAAGGAGUCUGGUUAGCCAGGCAAGAUGAUAAGUGGGUGUGUACUGUAUCAUGUGCUCAGAGAGCAUGUGUUGGAAACAUAAGAGUUUGUUUGUUCCAGGUAUAGUAGUUAUCUUAUGUGAUCUUUUGUGUUGUUGGCUAUAUGAGAUUUGGAACGUGAUGUUUUGAUGUAUUCUGUUGGAAUGAGAGAAACACAUGGUUAAUACAGUUGAAGUCGGAAGUUUACAUACACUUAGGUUGGAAAAACAACUAGUUUUUUCUUGUUGGCAAACUAGUUUUGGCAAGUCUGUUAGGACAUCUACUUUGUGCAUGACACAAGUAAUUUUUCCAACAAUUGUUUACAGACAGAUUACUUCACUUAUAAUUCACUGUAUCACAAUUCCAGUGGGUCAGAAGUUUACAUACGCUAAGUUGACUGUGCCUUUUUAAACAGCUUGGAAAAUUCCAGAAAAUGAUGUCAUGGCUUUAGAAGCUUCUGAUAGGCUAAUUGACAUAAUUUGAGUCAAUUGGAGGUGUACCUGUGGAUCUAUUUCAAGGCCUAUCUUCAAACUCCGUGCCUCUUUGCUUGACAUCAUUAUGUGGAUAGAUUGAAGCAACAUCUCAAGACAUCAGUCAGGAAGUUAAAGCUUGGUCGCAAAUGGGUCUUCCAAAUGGACAAUGACCCCAAGCAUUCCAAAGUUGUGGCAAAAUGGCUUAAGGACAACAAAGUCAAGGUAUUGGAGUGGCCAUCACAAAGCCCUGACCUCAAUCCUAUAGAACAUUUGUGGGCAGAACUGAAGAAGCGUGUGCGAGCAAGGUGGCCUACAAACCUGACUCAGUUACACCAGCUCUGUCAGGAGGAAUGGGCCAAAAUUCACCCAACUUAUUGUGGGAAGCUUGUGGAAGGCUACCCAAAACGUUUGACCCAAGUUAAACAAUUUAAUGGCAAUGCUACCAAAUACUAAUUGAGUGUAUGUAAACUUCUGACCCACUGGGAAUGUAAUGAAAGAAAUAAAAGCGGAAAUAAAUAAUUCUCUCUACUAUUAUUCUGAUGUUUCACAUUCUUAAAAUAAAGUGGUGAUCCUAACUGACCUAAGACAGGGAAUUUUUACUAGGAUUAAAUGGCAGGAAUUGUGAAAAACUGAGUUUAAAUAAUGUAUUUGGCUAAGGUGUAUGUAAACUUCUGACUUCAACUGUAUAUCCUGUUCUUGUCCUCUUUGUGGAAUGUGUCCUUCUCCCAUAGAGCCCAGUCAUGGAGGAAACCGUGUGGGAGCAGUACACUGUGACAUUGCAGAGGGUGAGUCCAGCUUUGCAAUACACACACACCACACUGGAUUACUACACAAUACAAUAUAUAGCUUGUCAUUACUGCGACCAUAACACAAUACAACACCCUUUACUCCAACCAUAUCACAUUUCAGUGCAUAACAUUACUCUUCUUAUAGGGUUAGAACCAAACCAGAUUUGAAUUAUAAUUGUAAUCUGCAGCUACACCACCAGAUUACAAUGCAAUACACCAUGGAUCCUUUUAAGCUCUGUUUCUUUCAGAACAUUUGAUUAUACUCUCUAGAACAUGUUCACCCAUCUACAGCACACAUUCCAUGCAUGCAGCACAUCUGCCCAGCACAGUUAAUCGUGUGGAGCUCACACUCAUUGUCUCAUAGCCUCACUCUAUGCUCUGGCUAUAAAGCUGCUUUUAACAAAUAUAUUUUUUGACCACCACAUCACUGACCCUUCCACAUCCAGCUGUCAUAUGCACUCUCUAGACUAUAUAUUUAUCUCUUGUUCUUCCUCCCAUCCUUCUAGAUCUCCUUAGUCCCAGUUUCCUUCACGCGCCUUGUUCCAAAUUACCCGUCCUCGCUUCCUCUUGUCUCACUUUCUCUUGUCCUCUUUCUUGAGCUCUCUAACAAUCCAUUUGUGUCUCUCCUCUCUCUCUCUGAUAUUGAAAGACAGUGGAGUGGAGCAGUGUUUAUUAUAAUUAUAUUUUUUACAGGUUGUAGAGUGGGGGGGUGGGGUUUUAGAGGGCCAUCAAAUCUUUGCUCUAAUCUCAUCUGGGCAGCGCAGGGGCAGGUACACGACGGGGACACAAGGAGAUCGAAGUGUACAGACACGCACACAAAAACACACACGCACACACAAAGUAAACUUACAGACGUACUCAGAAAGAAUUAGAUACAUUCACUCACACACUAACCUGAACAGACUAGGACACAGGCACUUUCAUGCACAAAAAAAUUGAAUCAAAUCAAAACACCUAUACAAACGCAUCUCUAAUACAUGUCCUCUCCACUGCAGGACUCCAAGAUGGGUUUUGGUAUUGCGGUGUCCGGGGGCCGGGACAACCCCAACGAGGAAAGCGGGGAGAUGUCCAUAGUGGUGUCUGACGUGCUUCAGGGAGGGCCCGCCGAUGGCCUGCUUUUGUACGUACAUUUACAUUGACAUUUUAGUCAUUUAGCAGACGCUCUUAUCCAGAGCGACUUACAGUUAGUGAGUGCAUACAUGUUUUAUUUUUUUUCAUACUGGUCCCCCGUGGGAAACGAACCCACAACCCUGGCGUUUCAAACGCCAUGCUCUACCAACUGAGCUACACAGGACUACAUACCUCCUGUCAAUCAAUCAUAAUGAUGCAUCAAGUGUUCUGUCAUUUUGAAUAUACAGUUUCAAUAUCUCACAGUGGAUUUUUUUCCUCAUAUGUUAAUUGUAUCUUGUAGUGAGAAUGACCGGGUGGUACAGGUGAACGCUAUUCCCAUGGACGGCGUGCCACACUCCUUCGCUGUACAGACCCUCAGAAAGUGUGGAAAAGUAGCCAAAAUUGUGAGUAAAACAUAUGUUUUAUUAUGGUGGAAAAAGAUGGAUGCUUGUGAUUUACAUUUAGAACCCGUGUAUAGGAGUUUGAGAUCUGAGGGUUGGAUAAGUGUCAAUGAUUCCUGACAGUUCAGUCAGUGCCUGAUGUGGUCUUUUGGUUUUGACAGACGGUCAAAAGGCCCAGGAAAGUUCCAGUCAACCUGCUGAAACACGGCCCUUCCCCUGACGACCGUGUCUUCAGCAACAAUGAUUACGACUAUGACCAGGACCGCCACAGUGUGUACAGUGGACGCAGCAGUCAUCAAGAUCGCGGCCACAGCCAGGAGAGGGCAGGUUACACAGACGCUGGCUACCAGGGACAGGGCUAUGACCGUGAUUACGGUCGAGAUGACCGGGGCAGAAGUAUUGAGAGGGACCUUGAUCCAGAGAGGCAGUACAGACGAGACGGCAGCAAAGGUCGGACUCUGGACCGGGACCGUAGCCCUGAACGCCGCUACAAAAGCGACCGCACUCUUGACCGUGACCACAGCCCCGAUCGGCGUUACCGUAGUGAUCUCACGCUAGACCGCGAUCCUAGCCCAGACCACCGCUACCGCGGUGAGUGGGCCCUUGACCGCGACUCCAGCCCUGACAGGCGUUUCCGUAGCGAACGCACUCUGGACCGCACUAACAGCCCUGACCUGCGAUACAGAGCCGGUCACAGUCCUGCCCGCAGUCACGGUCGCGACCACAGCUUUGAGCGGAACCGCAAACGUGUUCCCAGUGACCGCGACCAGAAGAAGGAGCAGAUGAAGAGGAAUGGGAGCAGGGAGCGACUGGACCGCUCGCCCUCCCCCGCCUCCAUGCCAAUCCCCAUGUCCCGCCCUCCUCGGGAGCAAGAGCCCCUGGAGAAACCCCUCAGUGUGCUGCUACUGAAGAACAGGCCCAACGAAGGUCAGAAUAGGUCUAUACUAAACAUGACAUUAUAUUGAUCUCUUGCUCCUCCAUUUCUGUUGACUCUUAACUACCCUCAUUCCUCCAGGACUGCUUGUGUUAAAUGUUUACUUAGUUUUUAUGUUGACGUGUGUUUAUGUGUUGUAGAGUAUGGUCUGCAUCUGGGUAGUCAGCUGUUCAUUAAAGAGAUGACCAGCACAGGUCUGGCCUGCAGGGAUGGCAACCUCCAGGAGGGAGACAUCAUACUGAAGGUAUGAAGGGCCUCACACACAGGCACACCACUGUUUUAUCUCUGCCCUGGGGAAGUAUUGUUUCAGUGCUGCCUCUUCAAAAAUGUUAUGUGUAGAGUUGGCCAAAAGCAUGACAGCACUAUCUUAGACAGGUGGCUACAGAUGUUACCGUAUGUAUGUUUGCUAGAAUACACUGUGAAUGUGCUAUGACUCUCUCUCACCCUGUGUCAGAUCAAUGGUACGGUGACAGAGAACCUGUCUCUGAGUGAUGCAGGGAAGCUGAUUGAGAAGUCUUGUGGGAAGCUGCAGCUGGUGGUGCAGAGAGACAGGAGACAGGUCCUCAUCAGGAUUCCUCCCCUGGCAGACAGCGACUCUGAGCUCGAUGGUGAGAGACCCUCCAGUCUCAGUCUCUGUGGCAGCAUCUCCUUUCCUUUUUAAGGAAAACACUUUUUAUGUGGACAGAUUCAGAACGGUCCCAAUGCUUUUUAUAAGUCUUUCAUUGACCUACUGUAUAAUCGGCUGAUUUUAACAUGAACGUUUUCUGCUGUGUAUUGUUGUGUCCCUGUCUGGGUUUAUUGAAAUGUCUGUUUAGUUUUUGUUUGAUUCUCGCAAAAAGCAGUUUCCCCCUUGGGAAUAAUACGUAAAGAAAAAUGUAAAAAACUUUACUCACCCUCCACACAAUCAUUGGUAUAGAGAUGUCACACGCCCCAGAGUUUCUGACCCACUUUGGUCCAUUCAGGGACGUGGUGUGUGAGCGCUUGGCAGGGGAAUAUAAUACCGCCUCAUAAUCCACCUAUUGAAUAUGACAGAAUUGUAUUAUUUUAUAUAUGAUCUGAAAUGUAGCAAAUGUGCUGUCUAAGAUUGAACUGCAGCUAAGCUAUUGAGUACAGGGGUGCAUGUCUGUGUGUCCGCCACUGCCAAACUGUGAGGUUUGCUGUGUCUGUUUUGUCUGUUUCGCUCCACUCUACUUAUAAUACAUUUCACACUUCUUGUGUAAAAAGUUGAGUUAGUGUUUCACUGAGGCUGUAUGUAUGAAACAUGACUUGGGUGAGCUGUCUGAAGAGGAACUAAACUCAGCAAAAAAGAAACAUCCCUUUUUCAGGACCCUGUCUUUCAAAGAUAAUUAGUAAAAAUCCAAAUAACUUCACAGAUCUUCAUUGUAAAGGGUUUAAACACUGUUUCCCAUGCUUGUUCAAUGAACCAUAAACAAUUAAUGAACAUGCACCUGUGGAACGGUCGUUAAGACACUAACAGCUUACAGACGGUAGGCAAUUAAGGUCACAGUUAUAAAAACUUAGGACACUAAAGAGGCCUUUCUACUGACUCUGAAAAACACCAAAAGAAAGAUGCCCAGGGUCCCUGCUCAUCUGCGUGAACGUGCCUUAGGCAUGCUGCAUGGAGGCAUGAGGACUGCAGAUGUGUCCAGGGCAAUAAAUUGCAAUGUCCGUACUGUGAGACGCCUAAGACAGCGCUACAGGGAGACAGGACGGACAGCUGAUCGUCCUCGCAGUGGCAGACCACGUGUAACAACACCUGCACAGGAUCGGUACAUCUGAACAUCACACCUGCGGGACAGGUACAAACCCACUGUCGCUGGACCAGACAGGACUGGCAAAAAGUGCUCUUCACUGACGAGUCGCGGUUUUGUCACACCAGGGGUGAUGGUCGGAUUCGUGUUUAUCGUUGAAGGAAUGAGUGUUACACCGAGGUCUGUACUCUGGAGCAGGAUCGAUUUGGAGGUGGAGGGUCCAUCAUGGUCUGGGGCGGUGUGUCACAGCAUCAUCGGACUGAGCUCGUUGUCAUUGCAGGCAAUCUCAACACUGUGCGUUACAGAGAAGACAUCCUCCUCCCUCAUGUGGUACCCUUCCUGCAGGCUCAUCCUGACAUGACCCUCCAGCAUGACAAUGCCAUACUGCUCGUUCUGUGUGUGAUUUCCUGCAAGACAGGAAUGUCAGUGUUCUGCCAUGGCCAGCGAAGAGCCCGGAUCUCAAUCCCAUUGAGCACAGCUGGGACCUGUUGGAUCGGCGGGUGAGGGCUAGGACUAUUCCCCCCAGAAAUGUCCAGGAACUUGCAGGUGCCUUGGUGGAAGAGUGGGGUAACAUCUCACAGCAAGAACGGGCAAAUCUGGUGCAGUCCAUGAGGAGGAGAUGCACUGCAGUACUUAAUGCAGCUGGUGGCCACACCAGAUACUGACCCCCCUUUGUUCAGGGACACAUUAUUCCAUUUCUGUUAGUCACAUGUCUGUGGAACUUGUUCAGUUUGUCUGUUGUUGAAUCUUAUGUUCAUGCAAAUAUUUACACAUGUUAAGUUUGCUGGGAAAAAAUGCAGUUGACAGUGAGAGGACGUUUCUUUUUUUUUUGCUGAGUUUAGAAGUUGGUAAUAUUUUGUGUUCCAGAUAUCUCAGAGAUCGAGUCGUACCGCUCCUACUCGCCACAGGAUGACCGACGGGCCCCUCACUCAGACCUGUCCUCCCACUCCUCCAAUGAGAGGCUCCGAGACAAACCCAGGUAAACAGUCACCCUCUGCUCCCACCUGCAGUAUGGAUCACUCUUAUGUACCGGUAAUAUUGUCACAGGCUGACAAGUUCAGAUUAUAUUUACAGUAUGAGUAUUUUUACUCCAUCACUAUGAGAAAAGUCUACUUUGACUAGCUGUGCUGUAGUGUUUGAGAACCAUAGGAUUCUGUGUGUGUUAACAUCAGGGAGGACCCACCAAGCAGGCUGGCUAAGAUGGGCGCCAUGCCGACACCGUUCGCCAUGCCAGCGCGAGUGCCAGAUAGAGUUAUGGAAGACACGCCCCCUCUGCCAGCAGAGCGGGAGGAGCCCCACCCAGAAACGCCCCCAGGUAACUACAAUGCCUUAAAACAAAUGAAUCCGUUGUAUUUAUUUUUUUUUUAAUCUAUCAUCACAUUUACCUGUUAUUAUAUAACCAGUGCAUCGGUUAACUUACACCUAGGGCUGUUGCGGUGACCUUAUUACCGCCACACCGGCAGUCAUGAGUCAUAACCGCAGUCAAAUUCCACGUGACCAUUGAGUCACAGUAAUCUCCUUUUAUGCACUCUGGACAUGCGUUGGUAGUACCCAACUUGCUAAUGGCUCCCGAGUGGCGCAGCAGUCUUAAGGCACUGCAUCUAAGUGCCAGAGGCGUCACUACAGACCCUGGUUCGAUUCCAGGCUGUAUCACAAUCCGGCCGUGAUUGGGAGUCCCAUUGUUCUUAACUGACUUGCCUGGUUAAAUAAAAUAAAAUAAAUGACCAUCCGGUUGCUAAUGGUAUUCAGUGCUCUAUUGUCCAUCUAACCACUCUGACAUCAAUGCAAAUGCAAUCGAAAAUCACAUCACACUUAUCAAAACAGUAUUAUACUUUUAAAGCUCACCUCACUGUCAUUGAUCAAUUUGAAGAAAGAAGUUCAACAAUGGGUUUAACUGAGUGGAAAAAAAAAUCCGUUGUGGAUGUUGUUUCAAAGCCUAACAACGAAAUGGACCGCACUUUCUAAGGUGAUGAUUCAUUCAAAACACCCAUAUGCAUAUUACAGUUUAUGCAUACGCCUAUAUAUGAGCCCAAGCCCGGAAUAAAAACCUGAAUUAAAAUAAUGAUUGUGCUUUAUACAAUACAUAACCUCCCACAUAUUAAGCAGAAGAAGAAAAAAAAUAUUUUAAGAUGUCUUUGGGACAUAAGUGGUCUAGCCUAUACUCUAAAAUUAAACAAAUUCUAGUAAUUGCCUUUGAGUGUGGACUGUAUUAUUAUGCAUACUGGAUGGACUGGUUACCUUAUGCUACGCUCCAAACUUUAUAUGAAUGAGUCCGGGAAAGAACUUAUAGGCCUAGGACAGUGGUCACCAACCUUUUCUGAGUCAAGAUCACUUUCGCAGUCAAAAAGCAAGCCAAGAUGUACCUCUCAGAUUUUUUUAAAAGAUGACUUAAAAAAUGUAACAUUAACCUAAUAAAAACAGUUCUGUAGGAGAAGUUCUGUAGACAUUUGUGCAGUAGGCAGGCCCAACACAUUAUCACAGCAUAUUGGCUAUAUGCCUGGCCUGCCAAUAUUGUUCUUCUCUGACUAUGUUCAAUUUCAAAACCCGAGCUUUGAUAACAAAAUAGAUCAGUUGGUGUAGCACUUAUUGAAAUAAUUUCCUAAUAAUUAGCUUUUUUAUUUUACUGGACUGAUGGUACCUGCAUUUGAUGGUCAUGGUGCUUUCAAGACAACUGGGAACUAGGUAAAAUCACGACGUCAGUAAUGUUCAGGUCGGUAAGUCCAGGCUUUAGAAAGAUGCCAGAGUUUCCGACUUGGAAUUCCAAGUUGGAUGAUCGUUCGGAGAUGUCCGAGUUUCCAGUCAUUUUAUAAUAAUAAUAAUAAUAUGCCAUUUAGCAGACGCUUUUAUCCAAAGCGACUUACAGUCAUGCGUGCAUACAUUUAUUUGUGUAUGGGUGGUCCCGGGGAUCGAACCCACAACCUUGGCGUUACAAGUGCCGUGCUCUACCAGCUGAGCUACAGAGGACCACAUUUUGAACACAGCAUUAGUCUCUGCGGAGGGAGGGAGAGAGCAGCAAAGGGUCAGCCUCUCACAGUCCUUGCUCUCUCCUUCCUUUCCUCCGUGGAGACUGACUAGAGAGAGGGGACACAGUCUUCCACCUUAUGGCGAAACUCGAGUCGCUGCGUAUCUGCCUCAAGCACAAAUUCAUGUUGUUCCUUUGACCAGAGAAAGUUAAAUAUUCCUUGAUAUUAAAAUAGACAUGACGAGCUGCUAAUAAUAAUAAAAACAAAGGGCUAUCGAUACACUUGGCUACUCAUUCAUUGCAGCUGCAGCACGAGUGGGAGGGAUAAUGUAUUUUAUGUUUUGUAAUAAAAACAGUGACAGUGCCAAGAAAAACAUUUUAACAUGAACUCAGUCAUAAAAACAGCAGCUCUUUGCUGUAUUCUUUUAGUCUUUCUCUGGUCAUGGUUUCAAAAGUUAUGAAAUCUCACAUAGGCUAGUAUCAAACUUGUAGGCACUGUGAUUUGAGCUAUACGAUUUGCCAGCGCAGUAGGCGCACUCGAUUUAGCCACAGAUCUACCGGCCCGCCGGGUAGGCAGAGUUUGUUUCAGACAAAUGAAAUGGUUCAAAAUGGGAACAUUUUGCCUACCUGGAGCGCAGGGCUUCUGAAUCAAGUUAGGCCUACUAUUGAUGUUCCCGAAUAGAUUUCACUUGGUUUCCCAAAUGAAGCACUGGGUAGCUGCAGGAACAGGGUUGGAGAGCCCAUGGCAUACAGAGUUUGGGCGUAAUAUCACCUGUCGCACAGCGAGAGGCUGCAUGCUUCUCAAACAGAGGUUGAUGCAUGGAGUGAAAUAACUGGAGUAGCCAACCUGCAUGAUUGAACGAACCGUUGGGAAAGCGGCCUCCAUUGGCUAUUGAGUGCAUGACAUGUCUUUUUUUCCCCUGCCCCUCUUCCUGCCCAUUAGAUAAUGGGCUAUUCUAAAUCAAAACUAAUUUUACAAGACAAGAUUAAAUUGAGAAUAGUCUGAUGGGUGAAAAUAUGAUCACUUGAUGUGAGAACAGCAUGUGCAGCCUGAGGCAAGGAACAGAGUGCAAGCUUUUUUUAAAUGUUCUCAAAUCAUCAAUCGCCUAUGGUCGCAUCAUGCAGCCCAUAUGUUUUGAUUUCUAAGACAUUCUAAGGUUUGUAUCCUUCACAACUAAAGUUGCCAAAAGUUCAAAUGAUCACUUUUACGCUCAACACUUCACUCCGGAAUGAAUUAUAUUCUUCUUACUAUAAAACCAUAUAAUAUAAAAUAAUCACACAGAACGUAUAAGCAUACCUUGUCUGAAAUACAUUUUCUAAAAUAAUGGAUUUAUUGUGAUGGUGUAUAUUACAUUUUUAGUUUUAUAAAUGUAGAUGUUCCAAAGGCGCAUCAGAGGCUUGUAUGGGUGGAGGCCUGGCAAUACUAAACAUGUUUAUGUUGAUUAACGGUGAAUUACCGUGAGACCGGCAGUCUUUUGCAUGACGACAACCGGCUGACAAAAUCUCAUGACCGCCACAGCCCUACUUACACCUCCAUCAUAGCAAUGAUAAAAGAAGCACACAAUCACUGAUGUCUCACUAGGAUUUCCAUGUUCUUUUUACAGCACCAGUAGUCACCGUUGCCCCAAAAGUCCACGCUGCCUCAAAGGUGCCACUGAGGCCAAGCGUAGAGGACCAGGAUAUAUACGGGUGAGUCAUCUACUUUACAUGCACAGUAUGUGUUGGUUCCACAAACGAAUCUACAGAGAAUGUGUCUAGGGUGCAGACUCUGUUAACUCAACAGAGUAGUAUACUCUAAAGUAGAUUAUAAAUAGAAAUUUAGAAAUGUUAUUAACUUGUCAUUUGUCUUAAAUGGAUUGUGUGUUGUCCAGGCCCAACACGGGGAUGGUGCGUUUUCAGAAGGGAGAUAGCGUGGGACUGAGGCUGGCGGGAGGAAACGAUGUGGGAAUCUUCAUUGCAGGCGUUCAGGAGGACAGCCCUGCAGAACAGGAGGGCCUUCGCACUGGGGACCAGAUCAUGAAGGUAGGGGAAGGGUUAACUCUUAGUGUGAUGUCAUUUUUUGAUCUGUGUCACUAUAUGAAUAAUAGCAUGUCUUUGUCUCAUGUUUCUGUGUGUCUCCUGUGUGUUUCUAAUGUGUGUCAUAUUUGUGAAACUCCUUAUGUCUGUUCGUGAGUGCUUUACGUGAUAGAUCUAAUGUUAUGUCUUUGUCUAGGUGAAUAACAUGGACUUCAGGGGCAUGGUGCGUGAGGACGCUGUCCUGUACUUGCUGGAGAUUCCAAAGGGAGAUGAUGUCACCAUCCUGGCUCAGAGCAAACCUGAUGGUGAGUAACGCCUUCACUCUCUAGAUAAAGGCAAGUCUAUCAUAUCAGGUCACGUUGCAGGUGAAGUAAUUUGAGGUUUGUGGUGUGUGUUGUCUGUUGUCUGUUCCAGUCUAUAAGGACAUCCUGGCAUCGGGCAGGGGGGACUCUUUCUUCAUCAGGACCCACUUUGAGUAUGAGAAAGAGGUUCCCCAGAGCCUGCCCUUCUCCCGGGGGGAGAUCUUCAAGGUGACGGACACGCUCUAUGACGGCAAGCUGGGCAACUGGCUGGCCAUCCGCACUGACAAAGACAACCAGCUGCUGGAGAAGGGUAUCAUCCCCAAUAAGAGCAGGUGUGUGUGUGUGUGUGUGUGUGCGCGCUAGUAUGUGUGUCCCUACAUGUCAGGGAUUUUGUGUGUGUGUGUGCGUGCGUGCAAUGAUUGGUACUAGGCGCCAAUUUAUGAUCCCUGGUGUUCUCUGCAUCUCAGGGCUGAACAAAUGUCAAAUGUGCAGAACGCCCAGAGAGGAACAGCCAAUGACAGAGGAGACUUCUGGAGGUUGAGAGGUCAAAGGGCGGUGAAGAAGAAGGACCUCCGUAAGAGCAGAGAGGACUUGACUGCCACCUCCGUCACCACGCGCUUCCCUGCCUACGAGAGGGUGGUCUUACGAGAAGGUAGGGCGCCCAAGGCAAAAGACUCCUAUCUCCUGUUGUGGUGUGGUCUAAGAGCCACUUGACUGCAUAGAACAGAGUAAGAUCAAAAAAGGACAUAUCAGAACACUAAACCUUCGAUUGAACUUCCUAACUUUCAAUGGAAUGUUUAUGAAAUUAUUCUUAAUUUUCCCAUAAUGGUCUGCACUAGACGGUAACUAGAACUCCAUUCCGGAUGUGAGAUACUAACUGUGUGUGUCUGUGUUGAUCCUCAGCUGGCUUCAGGAGACCAGUGGUUGUGUUUGGGCCCAUCGCAGAUGCAGUCAAUGAGAAACUGGGCAAUGACCUGCCUGAAGAGUUUGUCAUAGCCAGUGAGUAUGGUGCUCCUAACUUAUGCUUGUGAAUGAAUUUGCAUCAUGUAUUUACUUUAGGUGUGCUUGAUUUUAGCAUUUUUUAUUUCAAUGCAAAUGUCUCACCCUGCACUGACCAGGCAAGCUAAAUUGAGCUCUGCCUUAUUGCUUCUUCUAUGAGAAUGUUUGAGUAUAUGUGUAUACAGUGCAUUCAGAAAGUAUUCAGACCCCUUGACUUUUUCCACAUUGUUACAUUACAGUAUUAUUCUAAAAUGGAUAUAAAAAUAUAUAUAAUCCUCAGCAAUUUACACACAAUACCCCAUAAUGGCAAAGCGAAAACAGGUUUUUAGAAAUGUUUGCAAAUUGUAUUACAAAUAAAAAACAGAUACCUUAUUUACAUAAGUAUUCAAACCCUUUGCAAUGAGAUUUGAAAUUGAGCUCAGGUGCAUCCUGUUUCCAUUGAUCAUCCUUGAGAUGUUUCUACAACUUGAUUGGAGUCCACCUGUGAUAAAUUCAAUUGAUUGGACAUGAUUUGGAAAGGCACACACCUGUCUAUAUAAGGUCCCACAGUUGACAGUGCAUGUCAGAGCAAAAAUCAAGCCAUGAGGUCGAAGGAAUUGUCUGUAGAGCUCCGAGACAGGAUUGUGUUGAGGCACAGAUCUGGAGAAGGUUACCAAAACAUUUCUGCAGCAUUGAAGGUCCCCAAGAACACAGUGGCUUCCAUCAUUCUUAAAUGGAAGAUGUUUGGAACCACCAAGACUCUUCCUAGAGCUGGCCGCCCGGCCAAACUGAGCAAUCGGGGGAGAAGGGCCUUGGUCAGGGAGGUGACCAAGAACCCAAUGGUCACUCUGACAGAGCUCCAGACGAAAGCUACUCCUCAGUAAAAGGCACAUGACAGGCCGCUUGGAGUUUGUCAAAAGGCACCUAAAGACUCUCAGACCAUGAGAAACAAGAUUCUCUGGUCUGAUGAAACCAAGAUUGAACUCUUAGGCCUGAAUGCCAAGCGUCACGUCAGGAGGAAACCUGGCACCAUCCCUACCGUGAAGCCUGGUGGUGGCAGCAUCAUGCUGUGGGGAUGUUUUUCAGUGGCAGGGACUGGGGGACUAGUCAGGAUGGAGGCAAAGAUGAACAGAGCAAAGUACAGAGAGAUCCUUGAUGAAAACCUGCUCAGAACCUCAGACUGGGGCGAAGGUUCACCUUCUAACAGGACACCGACCCUAAGCUUACAGCCAAGACAACGCAGGAGUGGCUUCGGGAUAAGUCUCUGAAUGUCCUUGAGUGACCAAGCCAGAGCCUGGACUUGAACCCGAUUGACCAUCUCUGGAGAGACCUGAAAAUAGCUGUGCAGCGAUGCUCCCCAUCCAACCUGACAGAGCUUGAGAGGAUCUGCAGAGAAGAAUGGGAGAAACUCCCCAAAUACAGGUGUGCCAAGCUUGUAGCGUCAUACCCAAGAAGACUCGAGGCUGUAAUCGCUGCCAAAGGUGCUUCAACAAAGUACUGAGUAAAGGGUCUGAAUACUUAUGUAAAUGUUAUAUUUCAGUUUAUUUUUUUUUAUAAAUUAGCAAAGAUUUAUAAAAACCUGUUAUUUUUCAUUAUGGGAUAUUGUGUGUAGAUUGACUAUUUAAUACAUUUUAGAAUAAGGCUAUAAUGUAACAAAAUGGGAAAAAGUCUGUGAAUGUGUGUGUCUGUAGUUUGGUGAGAAGCUGAUGCGUUUUUGUUUGCCCACACAGAGACUGAGCCCAAGGAUGCAGGCAAUGAGAAUUCCUCCGGUGUGGUGAGACUCAAUACCAUUCGACAGAUCAUAGAACAGGUAAAGACAACCACCAGCAUGUUUAUCCUAAUCUUAAUCAUCAUUACCAUCUUCAUACCCCCCCUUAUCUUCAUCACCAUAGUAAUAUUCCUCAUCACCAUCAUCUUUUCAAGCCUCCCCCUCACAUUGACCCUCUUCUUACCCGUCUCCCCAGGACCGCCAUGCCCUGCUGGAUGUGACUCCCAAGGCGGUGGACACCCUGAACUACACCCAGUGGUACCCCAUCGUGGUGUUCCUCAACCCGGACAGCAAGGGGGGCGUGAAGACCAUGAGGAACCGCUUGGUGGCCGGCUCCAACCGCAGUGCCCGCAAACUCUACGAGCAGGCGGUCAAAUUGAGGAAGACCUGUUCUCACCUCUUCACUGGUCAGUCACACACACACACACACACACACACACCAGUGGCAGUCGGUGCCUUUUAAGAUUAGGGAGGACCAUUUUUUUAAUGAGCAUGGCCUUAUUUCUCAUACAGCAUAUUAGAUGAUUAGCAUUACUAUUCACCCAGCUCAAUGUAACAUCAAUAGGUUUAGGCUACUACAUGAUACUAUAAUUUGUCCUAUACCCAUCAUGAGGUUGCUACAACUUGGCCUACAAAUGAAAGUUUAUAACGUAGUUGCACAUGUCGAAAGACAAAUUGGAGUUAUCAAGGUGACCUACAGUCUCGCAUUCAAUACCGCCUUGCACGCUCUUACCUGCACCUUACUGAUCUAGGGUGUCAUCAUUAGUCCAAACAGUUGCAAAACAACAGUUUCUAUUGGACAAAUUCAGGUAGGUCCCUCCACGUUUCUUUUUUAUUUUACCUUUAUUUAACCAGUUAAGCCAGUUGAGAACAAGUUCUCAUUUCUCAUUUACAACUGCUUCCGUUUAUAAAAAAAAAAAAAUAGCAGCCACAUACAGAAUGAUCACUUUGCUCGUUGUAUAAUUCCUUCUAGCAUCUACGCGCUCUCCUCCUCUCACAACUUCCCUUUGCUUGUGGACUUCAGUGCACAACACAACAGGUGGCAGUGUUGGAUAGCCUUAGAUAGCCUUUGUCUUUCUCUUUGAGUCAACUACUCACCACAUUUGAUGCACUACAGUGCUAGCUAGCUUUAGCUUAUGCUUUCAGUACUAGAUUCAUUCUCUGAUCGUUUAAUUGGAUGGACAACAUGUCAGUUCAUACUGCAAGAGUUUCUUGUUUUCCUACUGUGUGUGUACACACACACACACACACACACAAACCAAUGUGGACACCCCUUCAAAUUAUUGGAUUUGGCUAUUUCAGCCAUACCCGUUGCUGACAGGUGUAUAAAAUCGAGCACACAGCCAUGCAAUCUCCAUAAACAAACAUUGGCAGUAGAGCUCAGUGACUUUCAAUAUGUCAUCCUAUGUCAUAGGAUGCCACCUUUCCAACAAGUCAGUUCGUAAAAUGUAUGCCCUGCUAGAGCUGCCCCGGUCAACUGUAAGUGCUGUUAUUGUGAAGUAGAAACGUCUAGGAGCAACAAUGGAUCAGCUGCGAAGUGGUAGGCCACACAAGCUCACAGAACGGGACCGCCGAGUCCUGAAGCACAUUGCGUUGCAACACUCACUUCCGAGUUCCAAACUGCCUCUGGAAGCAACGUCAGCACUGUUCGUCGGGAGCUUCAAGAAAUGUGUUUCCAUGGCUGAGCAGCUGCACACAAGCCUAAGAUCACCAUGCGCAAUGCCAAGCGUCGGCUGGAGUGGUGUAAAGCUCGCCGCCAUUGGACUCUGGAACAGUUAAAUGCAUUCUCUGGAGUGAUGAAUCACACUUCACCAUCUGGCAGUCCGACGAACGAAUCUGGGUUUGGCGGAUGCCAGGAGAACCCUACCUGCCCGAAUGCAUAGUGCCAACUGUAAAGUUUGGUGGAGGAGGAAUAAUGGUCUGGGGCUGUUUUUCAUGGUUCGGGCUAGGCCCCUUUAGUUCCAGUGACGGGAAAUCUUAACGCUACAGCAUACAAUGACAUUCUAGACGAUUCUUUGCUUCCAACUUCGUGGCAACAGUUUGGUGAAGGCCCUUUCCUGUUUGAGCAUGACAAUGCCCCCGUGCACAAAGCGAGGUCCAUACAAAAAUGUUUUAUCGUGAUCGGUGUGGAAGAACUUGACUGGCCUGCACAGAGCCCUGACCUCAACUCCAUCGAACACCUUUGGGAUGAAUUGGAACACCGUCUGCGAGCCAGGCCUUAUCGCCCAACAUCAGUGCCCGACCACACUAAUGCUCUUGUGGCUGAAUGGAAGCGAGUCCCCGCAGCAAUGUUCCAACUUCUAGUGGAAAGCCUUCCAAGAAGAGUGGAGGCUGUUAUAGCAGCAAAGGGGUUCCAACUCCAUAUUAAUGCCAAUGUUUUUGGAAUUAGAUAUUCGACGAUCAGUUGUCCACAUACUUUUGAUCAUGUAGUGUGUAUUAUUGUGUGUGCGCACACCUUUAGUUUUUCUACAUUUUGUGUUCCAGCCUGAAUUUAAAAUUAAAUUUAGAUUUAGUGUCACUGGCCUACACACAAUACCCCAUAAUGUAAAAGUGGAAUUAUGUCUUUAGAAUUUUGUACAAAUUAAAAGCUGAAAUGUUUUGCGUCAAUAAGUAUUCAACCCCUUUGUUGUGGCAAGCCUAAAUAAGUGCUGGAGUAAAAAUGUACUUAACUAGUCACAUAAGGUUGUGUGCAAUAAUAGUGUUUAACAUUAUUUUUGAAUGACUACCUCAUCUCUGUACCCCAACCAUACAAUUAUCUGUAAGGUCCCUCUGUUGAGCAGUGAAUUUCAAACACAGAUUCAACCACAAAGAUCAGGAAGGUUUUCCAAUGCCUCGCAAGGAAGGGCACCUAUUGGUAGAUGGGUAAAACCAUUUAAAAGCAGACAUUGACUAUCCCUUCGAGCAUGGUAAAGUUAUUAGACUUUGGAUGGUGUAUCAAUACACCAGUCACUACAAAGAUACAGGCAUCCUUCCUAACUCAGUUGCCAGAGAGGAAGGAAACCGCUCAGGGAUUUCACCAUGAGACCAAUGGUGGCUUUAAAACAGUUACAGAGUUUAAUGGCAGUGAUAGGAGAAACCUGAGGAUGGAUCAACAACAUUGUAUUUACUCCACAAUACUAACCUAAAUGGCAGAGUGCAAAGAAGGAAGCCUGUACAGAAUUUUUUUUUCUCCAAAACAUGCAUCCUGUUUGCAAUAAAGCACUAAAGUAAAACUGCAAAACAUUUGGCAAAGAAAUAAACUUUUUUCCUGAAUACAAAGAGUUAUGUUUGGGGCAAAUCCAACACAUCACUGAGUGCCACUCUUUUCAUAUUUUCAAGCAUGGUGGUGACUGCAUCAUGUUAUGGGUAUGCUUGUCAUCGGCAAGGACUAGGGAGUUUUUUUUUAGGGUAAUAAGAAACGGAAUAGAGCUAAGCGCAGAGGAAAACCUUGUUCAGUCUGCUUUCCAACAAACACUGGGAGACAAAUUUACCUUUCAGCAGGACCAUAGUCUAAAAACACAAGGAAAAAUAUACAAUGGAGUUGCUUACAUUUACAUUUUUACAUUUUAGUCAUUUAGCAGACGCUCUUAUCCAGAGCGACUUACAGUUGGUGAAUACAUAUUUUUUUUAUACUGGCCCCCCGUGGGAAUCGAACCCACAACCCUGGCGUUGCAAACGCCAUGCUCUAUCAACUGAGCUACAGCCCUGCCGGCCAUUCCCUCCCCAACCCUGGACGACGAUGGGCCAAUUGUGCGCCGCCCAUGAGUCUCCCGGUCGCGGCCGGCUGCGACAGAGCCUGGAUUCGAACCAGGAUCUCUAGUGGCACAGUUAGCACUGCGAUGCGGCGCCUUAGACCACUGCGCCACUCAGACGACAUUGAAUGUUUCUGAGAUGCCUAGUUACAGUUUUGACUUAAAUCAGCUUGAAAAUCUAAUGCAAGACUUGAAAAUGACUGACUGUGUAGCAAUAAUCAACAACCAACUUGACUGAGCUUAAAGAUUUUUUUUAAGAAUGUGCAAAUAUUGUACAAUCCAGGUGUCCAAAGCACUUAGACUUACCCAGAAAGACUCGCAGCUGUAAUCCAAAGGUGAUUCUAAUGUACUCAGGGGUGUGAAUACUUAUGUAAGUUAGAUUUCUGUAUUUCAUUUUCAAUACAUGGGAUUUUUUUACAUUUGUAUUACAUGUUUUCACUUUGUAUUUAAUGGGGUAUUGUGUGUAGAUGAGUGAUUUUUAUUUUAUUUAAUCCGUUUUGAAUACAGGCUAUAACACAAAAUAUGGAAUAAGUCAAGGGGUAUGAAUACUUUCUGAAGGCACUCUCUGUGUGUGUGUAUGUAUGUAUGUAUAGAUAGAUAGAUAGAUAGAUAGAUAGAUAGAUAGAUAGAUAGAUAGAUAGAUCUCUAUCUAUCUAUCUAUCUAUCUAUCUAUCUGUCCUUUUUGUGCUCCUCUGUCUCUGUAUUUGGCACUGAUGCUAGUUCCCAGGUAAAGACCUAGUAUUAUAGUGCUUUAGACUGAUUAAGCCCUAACACUAUUGUUGGUCUAUUGAGGCCACAUUGUUUCAGGAAUAAACUAUGAUUAAGCUUUAUUACUCCUAUUUCUGUUGUGGCAAUCUUUCUGCUUUGUUUCCAUGCACAGCGACCAUUGACCUGA